AUAAGCAUGCCUGUUAAUCAUUGUCACUUGCUGUACUCCAUUGUUAUUUGCUGUACUCCCCAAAUAAAAGCCAUGAGAGCUUUGGGGGCUUUGCUACUUGCCUGACUAGCAAUAGCCCUCUGCUUCUCUAAACUCAAUCCUGCACGCCGAGCUCAUCUCAGCGUCACCGUUCACAAAGAACAUCAACACCAUGUGUUGCUCUCACUCAUUUUGUGGCUGGGAUUCCCUCUAGUUCUUAGUUCUUGGUGUACAUUUGGGUUCACCUGCCAUCCUCACACUGCUCAGACCGCUUUAGCCUCCCCUCCACUUCUCCCAGUCACCAUAGCCAAGAGUGUCUUGCAAAUGACUGCCGCUUUCUGACCCUCCAGGUCACAAUCGCUGAGACUUUCUUCCCAACAUUUUUCAGAAUCCCAUAUCACUCACAUGUGAUGGUUUUCCUGGAGAAAAGUGAUGGUCUUCCUGCAGAGAGGCUAUUUCCGUAGGGGACAUUCCCAGAAGCAGAAUGUGCUCCGGCUCAAGGUCACACCACGGGUCACUGGCACUCCUUGGUCAUCUGCACCUAAAGUUCUCAUUGGCUUUGAUGAGGCCAGCCUUGCUGAAUCCCUCAAGAGCCGUGGAGUUGUAACUUGAGAGAUUUUUCUGCUGGGAACGGAACCACGUUCAGAGCAGACUCUUGUCCCAGUCCUGCCCUGGGCCCUGCCCAGCCCCACUUCCAGCCUCCAAGCCUUGACAAUGAAGGUUAAGCCUCUUGUCAGAUGUGUAGACAGUGGGGGAGUAGAAGAGUGUGGGCAGAGAGGGACAGAAGGCUGGUUGGAGCACGGGACAGGUAGUAAGUGUAUUGGGCAGAGCUGAGUGGAUGGACAGAACAACCCUAAUAGUUUCCUGACACACAGUCACGCCCUCCCCUUUCUGCUUUCACAGCUGAAGAGUAGCUGCAACAGAGAUCUUAUGAUCUGCAAAACCUGAAAUCUGUAUACUGUCUGAGAACUAUUUAUCAACAUCUGAGACUGAGGAUUGCUUAGGGCUUGUAAACUCAGGUGCCAGAAAAUAGGGCAGAGUGGCCUGGGCAAGUCCACGAUGGUGAACACACUGUUCAAGUCCAAAAUAUGGAAGUCCACCCCAUCGGGCCUGGUGCUGGGGUCCACGCCCCAGACGCUGCAGCUGCACUCGAUGACCCAUGUCAUCGAGGAGAAAGGCGUGAAGCUCAAGCUGACCGUGACCGACACGCCUGGCUUUGGGGACCAAAUCAACAAUGACAAGUGGGGCGACUACCCAAAGGACCCAGGGAGACAGGUGGGGCUCCCGGGCACAGCCCUGAGGUCGGGUCCAUCCCCCACCCCAGCUGGGACCCCAUCCUGGGCUACAUCAAUGGACAGUAUGAGCAGUACCUGCAGGAGGAGAUCCUCAUCACCCGCCAGCGCCACAUCCCCGACACCCGGGUGCACUGCUGUGUGUACUUCGUGCCGCCCACUGGGCACUGGUGAGGUGGCUGGGCCGACCAGGGCAGAGAGGAGGAGCGGGGAGAGGAGAAGGAGGGGUUUCUGGCAUGGGCUGUGGGCUGGCAUCCCCUCACUCACACACUUGCUGCUGCCACUACCACCACCAUCACUGUCCUGCCUGAGCAGCCUGCGGCCCCUGGACAUUGAGUUUCUACAGCGGCUGUGCCGGACUGUGAACGUGGUGCCCGUGAUUGCUCGGGCGGACAGCCUGACCAUAGAGGAGCGAGAGAACUUCAGGCGCACGAUCCAGCACAACCUGAGGACUCACAGCAUCGAUGUGUACCCACAGCAGUGCUUCGAUGAGGACGUCAAUGACAAGAUCCUCAACUGCAAGAUCCGGGACCGGAUCCCCUUUGCUGUGGUCGGGGCUGACCGAGAGCACGUGGUGAACGGGAGGUGUGUGUUGGGCCGGAAGACAAAGUGGGGCAUCAUUGAAGUGGAGAACAUGGAGCACUGUGAGUUUCCCCUCCUGAGAGACCUGCUCAUCCGUUCCCACCUCCAAGACCUGAAGGACAUCACCCACAAUGUCUACUACGAGAACUACCGUGUCUGCAGACUCAACGAAAGCCACAUGCUGCCCCAGGGGCCCGGCUGGGUGAACCUGGACCCGACCCCUGCCAGUCCCCCGGCCAUCCCUGGGCCCUCAAAGAUGUGCCGAUGGACCCAGGACAAUCCCUCCGAGGAGUACUGAACACAGCACACCCCGGGCCACUUGGGCUUCCCAAGUGCUCAGCAGCCCCCCCACACACACACCUGUGUACUAGGACAUGUAUUAAAGGUGGACAUUGCUUUUUAUGACAAGCUGUGCUUUGAAAACAAAAGGAGUUUUGUAAAUGACUUCUUUGAGCUACCCUCAAAAAAAGAUGGGUUCUUUUUUAAGUAACAGCAUGACACCCAGGCCCCGGGGCGUCAUGAAGCCCUGGUGGGGUGUGCCUUGGUGAUGGACCCCCUUCUGCCCCAGAACUAGAGUCGAGUUCCAAAUCAGACUCUGCCCUCCAUCCUGACCCUCCCUCCAGCCCAGGGCCGGGCCCAUGGUGUCAUAACACUCCCAUCUUUGACCAUCUUCCCCUAACACUGUGCCCCUGCCCCUGCCUUCCUACCCUGCCGACCAGCACAGUGAGAAACAGCUCCAACUCUGGAGUCUGGCAAAGCUGAUGGAAAUUCCUGUGCCACGUGAUCUUCAGCAAGUCACUUGCUCUUCCUGGGCCUCAGUUUAAUCUAUAAAAUGGAAUGGUAGCAUCGCUCUCAUAGUGUUGUGCGAACAAAUUGAGUAAUUUGUGUAAUGAGCCUGCCAAGGCCUGCAGAAGGCUCUCAGACAGAGGUGAGGGGCACAGGAGAGAGCUUGGUUGGGGUGGAGGAUGUGCCUGCAGAAUGUGUGAGCACUUCCCAGGACUUUCCAGAAACCUGGAAAAUAAAGGGACUUCAGCCAGCUGGGCUGGGCUCAGUGGUUGAGCAUUGACCUAGGA